AUGCGUUCUCGUCGGCGUUCAGAUUCGUUCUCACCUUUUAGAUUUUCGCAUUUAUCUAUGAUCUCAAUAACAUUUUGGUCAUUGUUAUCAAUAUUAUCAUGGACGUUGGUCGACGCAUCAAUACAAAUAUACCGGUACGAACAAGUUAUUUUUCUAUCGAAUACGGAUUUCUAUGAGUCAUUAUACAGACAAAGAAAUUUUGAUGAUGACGGUGGAUUGUUUUCGGUUACGGGAAAAUUCUCUGUCGCUGAAUUUUUUAGCGACUCUGAUUUAAAAGUUAACAAUGGAACAUUAAAUAAUAGUACUGGCAAAAGUAGUAAUAGUUAUGUUGAUUUUGAAGACAGUGAUUGUUUGAUUAAACCUUUUCCGGAGGAAACUGCUGUGCUAUUUGUCCCGUUUGAAAUUGCUUGGGAUAGUCAAUGUAAGAGUUAUUCGGAUAUCAUUAAAAGAAAUAAUUGGACGACAGAUGAUACUUUUUUAUUUGACGGCGAUGAAAUUUACGAAGAUGAAACUAACAGCAGCAAAAGCGAUCAAAAUGUCACAGCAGUCAAAUUCAAGAAAAGGUCACAAAAACGGGAAUUACAAGCAGAUAACAAUAAUCUUGAGUAUUCAACGAUAAAUAAUAUUCCAAGAGUAAUCGUUUUCACAUCAAUAAAUUACGGUGACCCAGGUGUAAGAGAACCUUUCAUGGGCGAAAAAGCAAUCUUGAAAAAAUCUGUACCGUAUCUGAGUUUAAUUAAACACAGCGACAUGAGUGCUUUGAGGCGUAUAGGGGUCGAGAAUAAAAAUAGUAUGAAUAUUAGUCUUUCGUUCACAUCAGAUGUCGGACCAUACAGAAAAUUCUUGCGUAAGCCACUUUGGAUUGCGUGGUCAAUUAUUUUUGGAAUGAUCUAUGGGCUGCUUGCAUUGACAAGUGGAUAUUUCAUGCUUCGGUUUUUUUGUAUUGGUAAAGGAACUUUUGAAAUCUCACUAGGAAACCCAAAUACUUUUAUAUUACCCGCCAUUGCCUAUUGCUCUAUAAUGUCGUUAAUAAUUUUGGAAUUGGAUCCGUACAGUAUUCGCGAAGAGAAACUAUCGGUUUUUGGAUAUUCGGUUAUAAUAAAUCUCAAUUUCUUGAUUUUAUGUCUUUGUUAUAUUAUUUUGUUGGUUUCAUGGAUAAAAGUCUCAAAAGAUAAAGUAGGAUUCGGCACAAACUUUUCAGUCUGGUUCCACCAUAUCUUGCCAAUAGCCCACAAACUACUCUACAUCACAACACUACUAACAGUCGCGACGUUCGUAAUAGAUAUCAUAUAUGAUCCAUAUCUCGUGUCGGGAUUCGAUUCCAUGAUUAUUAUUCCAUCAUUGAUUUGGCAGGUGUUUGUAAUUGUCAUAGUAAAUCUUGGGUAUCUGUUGUUUGCAGGGUUUAUGAUUUUGUCGUUGUUGGAUCAACGACAACGGCAGGAGACAGCACAAGAUUUUUUAACUAUCUUGAGCACAUUUGCACUCUUAUUCGCUCUCCAAAAUCCCAUUCUCACAUCCCACUUUCCAACGACAACACCACGAGGAAUGCCACUUCCCAACAUCACCGACGAACCAACACCCGAACAAAUAGCCGAAGACGAACGACGUAAUUCUGCCGCGUACACGAUUCGAACACCUGUAGUGCAACCUCCCUCUCCGGCUUUUAUACCGAAGGUUGUAGUGAAGCAACCACAAUUGAUUAAUUCUUUUGAGGAAGAGCAUCAUUUCGAUGUUGGCGAUGCCAAUAAGUUGGAGGAGGCAAAUGAAGAAAAAGGGUUAUUGGUUGUUGCUGGUGAGAGUCAUUGUGGAAAAGGCAAACAAAUGGAAGUUAGCUGUGUUGAUGGUGUUAGUGGUGGUGGCAGUAGUGGAUUUAAUGAUAUUUCGUUAGAAUGA